GUGGCAGCAGUAGCAGCAGCAGCAGCAGCAGCAUCAUAGCUCCGUAAUCGUUCAUAAUCAAUCAACGCUCGAUCCGGGUCGCACGGUUUCGAUAAAACGUUCGCUCGCAUUUAGCAGAAUUUCCCAACGAAAUCGCUAUUUUUGUGUUGUUUUUCAAAGAAUUCACUUUUAUCGCCAAGUAGUGCUGUUCGGCGUGAGAUUUUGACACGGUACCAUCGGUGAAAGAACAACGUGAAAAAAUAAAGAGAUAGUCUGGUCUGACAUCUGUGGCCGGGUGUGUAUGUUGCGAAGUGUGAAACAGGAAGAAAAGAAACUGCUGUCAAAAAUUUCUUCUAUCGCGAAAGAGUUCCAGGUGAAGUUGUUUUGAAGAUGCUGCAAAUCCUUGCGCAAAGUCUCGAUUGAUGCACUGGUGUGUUUUUUUUCCUCAGUGAAUGGAGGAAGUGCUUGAGAAGAUAGAGCUGAUAGUAAAGUAGAUAUUAAUAUCUUGUGGGAAACGCUUGAGUGAGGUUUUGACCGCUACCGCAGUGCCUAACAGUACACAAGCUUUCUCCCCGGUAGUGCUGAAGUGGCGAAGAAGAAAUUAGUUUGCGGUCCCCGGAGAAGGGAAGAAAAGUCGCGCACCAAUGACACUGCAUUCGUGGCUACGGAGACGAGAGAGCGGCCUGCCGGCGCGUUUCGGCGACGCUGACGCGGUGCACCGGGCAAUAUACUGCUCGCUGGAACCAAAGAAAAGCUGGAACGACCAGCCGAACGCGUGCAACACCUGCGAGUACGGAGGGGCGUACAAUCUUGAGUUUUCACCAGACGGGUCCAUACUGGUGGCGGCAUGCGAAAAGAAGACAAUCGUCCUGUUCGAUCCGAUCACCGAGAAGCAGAUGUGCACGAUCAAGAAUGCCCACAAUGACAGCGUAAACUGUGUCAAAUUCCUCGACAAUCGCAUGUUCGCCACCUGCUCGGACGACUCAACGGUGGCCCUGUGGGACACCCGGAAUCUCAAAUCGAAAAUCCGCAGCCUGCAUGGACACUCGAACUGGGUGAAGAACAUUGAGUACUCGAAAAAAGACUGCCUCCUGGUGACGUCCGGCUUCGACGGGUCGAUCUUCACCUGGGACAUCAACAGCUACACCGAGCACGGCUUCGUGUACCAGAAGGUGUUCCACACGCCCGGACUGAUGCGCUGCCGACUGGUGCCGGACGAAAACCGGCUGGUGAUAUGCACCACCGGUGGUUAUCUGAUUAUCAUCCACAAUCUCAACCUGGCUUCGCUGGCGAAAGAUUUGCGGGGAUUCAGGCCCAACCUGUACCGGUUGAUGCAGCUGCGCCACCAGUUCAUCCCGAACGCCGCCCGGUACGACCAUGCCUUCUCCAAGAAGCAAAAAUACAACCGAAUCGAACUGGUCAGUGAUUUUCCGGAAGGAAACGACGCGGAAGUGAUCAGUGCUCUGCAGAUUCACCCCCAAGGCUGGUGCGCACUUAGCAGAAACAUGAGCUACGAUGAAAGCUCCGAGUGGAGCUGUAUACACGACAUCCAGGAGAUCUCCUUGAGCGAGGAAAUGGACAGCGACGACGAAGAGGAUGGGACCGCCGCCGCGGCCUCCGAGGGUGACCAACAGGGUGAGAGCGGUAACCAAGAUGCACAUACGGCCGGCGAAGGCGGAGGAGGUGGGCUGGCCAACAUGCCGGGAGCAGCAAUUGUGAAUAUCGCCCUGGGUGAACCAGCAGAACCGAACAACGCCAGUGGAAACCGUGUGGGAUCCAACAACCAGCCGAAUGGCGAUUUCCCUACGCCGAGUUCGGACAUCUGGGCCGCCGAAGUGUCGCUGCGGAACCGAAAUCUUCGGGUGGAAAAUACUCGGUCGCUUAAUAUGGCCAACGUGUAUGGUAUCACCAGCGGGCUGAUACCACUAUCCCCAGCGGAACAUCAGCAGAAAUUCCAGCAAACGAUAACGGUCAACGUGAAUCGAAUGCUGUACUACAUAGAGGAACCGAACAAGGGCAAAGGCUUCAUCAAAGAGCCCUGCUUUUCGUCGGACGGGCGAAUAAUCUGCUCCCCCCAUGGUUACGGUGUCCGACUGUUGGCGUUCAACGCGCAAUGCAACGAGCUGCCGUUCAUCGCGGACCGGGAGAAAGCCAGCCCGAAACUAUUGUACGAGAUUAAAACAAAACACUGCCACUCGGACGUGGUGGUUAGCUGUAAGUUCAGCCCGAAGUUCCCUCUGCUCGUAUCGGGCUGUCUACGCGGUAAGAUUGUAUGGCAUCAGCCAGUAGUGUAAGGAACCAAGUGGUUCUGGUGUGUGAUAGAGAAUGAAUGCGAUGGAUGAAAGAAAAUCACAAAAUUCCACAACACAAACAAACAAAACAAAAAACAGGAAUGAGUACGAAAGACGUUUGUUAAGGUACUUAUUUCGAACUAUUACUUUUACGUUGUUGAAUAGAUAGAUACAACAGAUUACGCAAGCGACUUAAAAUUAAGUCUUCUGUAGGGCCACACACACACACACGCAUGAUGUGUGCGUGCGUAGAGUACUCCUCUGUGCUUAUAAAUUUAUGUAUCUAGAUUUACUAGACAACCGAAUCUUGCUCCCUCUGAACGGAGAGGAUGUGUUUCUUCGGUCACUUAAAACUCCCAACUGUUGCUAUAUGUUGUGAUCGGCGAAGAUUCAGUCAGUUCGAUCGGAAUCAAUGCAAUUGCAAGAGAUGAUAACUUAUGGUGAAGACUGGAACAUAGCGUUCAGUUUUAUGAUUGGAUACAAUGUUGAGAAAGAAACCCAAACUAAACAUAAACAUCGCAGUGUACAGAAACAA